AUGAAAUACGAAGAAGACAUGCCUCCACCCGACAAAACUUCGUCAGGACAACAAGCGCCGAGCGCUCCAAGCGCUCCAGUUUUGAAUUUUACUUCGAACUUUCCAGUUCCAAGCCCAAUGAAAAUAUCCGGCGACAGAGUCACAAAUUGGGAGUUCUUUCGACAGCAAUGGCAAGACUACGAGCUUGGCACUGGUCUCGAACAUUGUCCAGAACCAGUUCGUUUAGCAACCCUUCGCUCAGUCAUGGGGAAAGACUGUCUUGAGACAUUUUUAAAACUAGAGUUGACUCUGGAAGAAAAGCUACUCAAAGAAGAUGAACUGGACCUGAAUAAAGCUCUCAGUAUUUGCAGGUCUAAUGAAGCGGCUUCCAAACAGCUCAAGUUUAUGAAACAGGAGGAAAUCCAAACAGAUGAGCAAGUCAACGCUGUGGACAGUCAAGCGAUACGACUCAACAAGCGGCACAAUCAAAAGAAAGACGCAAAAUAUGGAAAGAAUGGAAAAGCUACAAAGGGCGUGAAGAAGAAUUGCAGCAGAUGCGGAACAACAAAGCAACAUAGCCAUAGGAAAGAAGAAUGCAAAGCAUAUGGUCAAACCUGUCACCUGUGCUCGAAGCCGAAUCAUUUCGCAUCUGUUUGUCGCUUUAAAAACAAGCCAGCAGGUGGAAAGACAGUAUCCAGAGGACACAAAAGCGUGAAGCAAGUCACCGAAGAGACAGAUACGUCCAGUGACUCUGAUGAUGAUUUGACCGAUGAUGAAGAUCCACUCUUUAAAAUUGAAGUCUCCAGCAUGAAGACGGCAGGCAAGCAACUCAACGCCAAGAUAAUCUUUUCAGACACAGAAGAGUUAUACAACACCGAAUUGGAAUGCCAGCUAGACACCGGUGCCACAUGUAACGUGAUGAGCCUGCGCGACCUGGCUGUCAUAAGCCAAACAGGAGAUCCACCACUGAGAAGUAGUAAAGCGAAGCUCAAGUUGUUUGACGGUUCUCUCAUGAAGCCUUCUGGUGUAGCCACCUUAAAGAUACAUCGAGACAAUAAGACCCAAGAGUUGGACUUUCAGAUUGUUGAGACUGUAAACAAGCCUCUUUUAUCUGCGGAAACAUGUGUGAAGCUGGGACUGUUGAAGCUUUCCUUAACAGGUACAGCGCAAGUAAACAGUAUGGGUACAGAGCCAGUAAAGUCUAGUGUCCCACUAAACAGAGAGAAAAUUCUAGCUGACUACAAAGAUGUGUUCAAAGGACUUGGUCACAUAGGAGAGUCCAGCACCUUUGUUAUCGACCCAAACCAUCCCCCAGUGCAGCACGUGCCCAGGCGGAUACCUGUAACUCUACAAAAGGAAGUCAAGGAGAAGAUCGCAGAGUUGGAGAAGAAAGGCAUCAUUCAAAAGGUUACCGACCCCACAGAUUGGAUCAGCAGUAUGGUCAUCGUGUCCAAGCCAGGAAAGAUAAGAAUUUGUCUCGACCCCCGAGAUCUGAACAAGGCAAUCCAGAGACCUAAGUACCAGAUGCCAACAUUAGAAGACAUACUCCCAAAACUCAGCAAAGGGAAAGUAUUUACCACACUUGAUGUGAAAGAUGGGUUCUAUCAGAUCGGAUUAGAUGAAGAGAGCAGUAAGAAAACAACUUUCUGGACUCCCUUUGGCAGAUACAGAUAUCUAAGAAUGCCAUUUGGUAUUAGCGUGGCUCCCAAGGAGUUUGAGUGUAAGCUACACGAAAAGCUUACCGGAUUAGAAGGCGUCGAAAUUCUUCGAGAUGAUAUACUAGUAGUUGGAUAUGGAGAUACCCAGGAAGAAGCUGAUGCCAACCACGAUGAAAACCUCAGAAAACUCCUAGACAGAGCCAGAGAAGUCAAACUCAAGCUGAACAGCAAGAAGAUGAACUUGAAGAAACCCCAAGUUAAGUUCAUGGGCCAUGUUAUUAGCAAAUCCAGACAAAGUCAAUGCAGUGGAAAACAUGCCCAAGCCAACAUGUAA